CGCUCCCUACUUAAGGGAUCGUGCGACCGAACUCACUCACUCUGGUGAAUAAGGAAUCUCUAGCUACUCUCGGCUGCAUCGUGUCAACGAGAUCACUACUUUUUAGGUAAUUUCAGCUCAAGAAAGCUUCCCGGAAGGCGGAAGAGUGGACUGUUAUAUGAUCAUAAUGGCCACCGCCGAUCUCCAGAGAAGUGUUAUGCCAGAGCAGCGAGGCCCACGGAAACGCUUUUUUCCGAGAAAAAAGCAUGAAACCCCCGUAAGUAUCAUGGAAGAGGGAGGAGCAGGACGUCCAGCAACCAACAAUGCGAGCAAUAGCAGCAGAGAACUCCGAAGUAAGAAGAGGACUUACUCGGGAAACAAGAAAAAUUGGCUUUCAAAGAGGAUGAGACGCGGGUCCAAUAUAUUGCCUACAAUUUUCCUACUCGGAGGGAACAUCAAUGAUCCGCUCAAUCUGGCGAGCCUGCAAGAUGAUGAAACCAAUAGGUUGAUGAACGCAGUGACGCCAAAAUCGUCUCCACUGCCGACACCAAAACACCGAAAGGAGAAGAUUGAGGUGCCUGAACUGGAUCCUACCGACCCUCUGAAGCUGCUAGCUCCGCCAAUGAGCAGUACCAAGAAGCGGAAGCGCAAGCGUAAGGCCUCGUCGCUGGCCGGGCCCAACGCCAAGGAAGCCAAGCUGAGCGAAAUGCCGCCGACAGACAGCAACGGCCGCCCGAUGAAACUCAGCCUGAUGCGCAAGUCGCUGACAAAUCGCACAAUAUCCGAAAUCGUAAGCCCUGUCGUGCCGCAGCCCGGAGAAUGGCGGCGCAAAGUGCACAAGAAAAUAGUUACUGCCUCCAUCAUCGCUGCUGCCAAUGAUAAAAAGCAUUCCUCCUACUGCUAUGGCAACUACGACCGGUACUAUGGCUACCGCGUCAAGAAGUAUGGCCCUGGAGAUCCCAGACUCAACUUACUAGGGCCAGAACGGUUUGAAGGCAAGGAUGUGCUUGACAUCGGAUGCAACUCCGGAGAGCUGACGAUCGCCAUGGCCUUGUUUGGUGCCAAAUCAGUCGUCGGCGUUGACAUCGACGCUGACUUGAUCAAACAGGCCAUUAAGAAUCAAAGGCUCUUCUUGGCAGGAGAGAGGUCAAUUGUGUUGGAUGAGAAGAAAGAAUUGGAUUUACGGGCGAGUAAACCCACUCUCAAAAACCUGAUCUUUGUUUCCGGGGACUAUGUUUUGAAAGAAGACUGCAUGGUGGAUGAGCAAAAGCAACACUUUGAUGUCAUCACCUGUCUGAGCGUGACCAAGUGGAUCCAGCUGAACCACGGAGAUGCCGGACUGAAACGCGCAUUCAGGCGCAUGUUUGCGCAGCUGCGGCCAGGCGGCGUGCUCUACCUUGAGCCACAGCCUUACAGCAGCUACACCCUCAAGAAAAAUGUCACCAGCCAAACGUUGGAGAACUACAAGAAGAUGAAGUUCUACCCAGAAUCGUUCCCCGAGUUCCUGCUGCAGACGGUGGGAUUUUCGGCGCUGGAGGUGAUCGGGACGCCGUCACACAUGUCUAAUGGCUUCCAGAGGCAGAUCUUCAAGUUCACGAAACCCCCAGACGCAAAGAAAAAAGGGUGAAUUGGGUGGCUAGAGCUCUCGUAGCCUGACUCGGUAUAAUUGGAAACUUUGCGAUUAAUCGCAUUAAUAAUCGCUAACUGAGCAGAACCUGAAAUGGCACUCACUUCCCAACGGUUGGAGCGCCAGAAAUGCUGAGGAGGAGGUUCACUCGGGAUUGCAGAGAUGGGCUGUCAGCCGCUACAAAAUAAGUGCAGAGUUUUGAACUCAGUCCGCGCUGCAAUUUUAGCGUGAAUCCGCUUCUGUCACCACAACAAACAACCAACAUUGGCUCUGCUCAAAUUUUUGUUCAUGCCGGUUUUCAUUUUUAAUCAAAACUUCUACAGAACAUGUAACCAAACUAUUUUUUAAUUCAUGUGAUUUAUUUGCAAUAUAUACACCUGAUCCCGAUUCGUUCCACCAGGUAAAACGGCAAAUAUCGGCUCUCCAGGUUCUUGACGCGAAAAGCACAAAACAUUAAAUCUCAAAGCUGGAAGAACAUUAUGCGUCAGUCAAAAGAGCCCACAAAUGGAUGAUUUCUGAACAAUUUCACCAAGCGCUCUUUCUCCGCUGAUGUAAAAUUUAAUGAUUUUCGUUGCUCAUGAGCCUGGUGGCCGCGAAGGAUGACGUUGAUGUUUUCAAUGCUCCAACAAAAAUAACAACCUGAUGAAGGAUGAUUAGGAGAGAUUGUUUAAACUUAGUCACCUUUGCAUUUACCAAAUCCACCAAUCCAAUUGUACCACUGCUUAGGCUCUAUAGAUCUCUAGCCUUAAAAUUCGUUAUGUAAGAAGGCACCGCAUUCCGCUCUGAAGGCUGCGUUGCUUCGGUAAACAAAAUAAAGUUAAGUUAUAAAGAAUUAAAA